AUGAAAGAUGAGAAUGGAAAUAUAAUUAGAACAGAACAAGGAAACAUCAAGAGAUGGGAAGAGUAUUUCUCUAAAUUACUGAACGAGGAAAAUGAACGGCUGAUCAGAGGUGAUGGAGACGCUAACCAGGGUGCAGUCUUGCAAAUAUCGAGGAUAGAGGUGCAACAGGCGCCGAAGAAGAUGAAAAACGGGAAAGCCACGGGACCAGACGGCAUCCCCAUAGAAGCCUGGAAAGCGAUGGGAGAGGAAGGCAUUGACAUGUUAUGGAUGCUGAUGAGGAAGGUGAUGGAUGAGGAGAAUAUCCCGACAGACGGGAUAUUCUGCCUUAGACAAACAAUGGAAAAGUAUCGAGAAAAGCAAAAAGUGUUACACAUGUUGUUUAUAGACCUAGAGAAAGCUUAUGAUAGAGUGCCGGGACAGGAAGUGUGGAGAUGUAUGCGCAAGCGAGGACUGACGGAGAAAUACUUGAGAAUGAUUCAAGAAACUUAUAAGACUGUUACCACCAAGGUCCGAUGUACAGUAGGAAUGACAGAUGGGUUUGAGGUUAAGGUUGGCUUGCACCAAGGCUCGGCCCUCAGCCCAAUACUGUUCAAUGUGGUUAUGGAUGUGAUGACAGAGGAAGUGCGUGAAGAGCCACCAUGGUGCAUACUAUAUGCCGAUUACAUCGUGUUGGUGGCGGAGACGAAGCAGGAGCUACAGAGGAAGAUGGAAGGAUGGAGAACUGCAAUGGAGAGUAGAGGGCAGAAGAUAAGCAGGAAAAAGACAGAGUAUUUCACAACGGACACAGAAAGAAAACAACAGUCAACGAUAAAAAUAGAUGGAUUGAACCUGAAGAGAGUGGACCACUUUAAGUAUUUGGGAGCGAUGGUGGAGGAAGAUGGCAACAUGGGAAGAGAGAUUAAACACAGAAUUCGACGUGGUUGGAAUAAUUGGAGAAAGGUUUCGGGAGUGAUCUGCGACAAGAGAGUGCCUGUAAAGCUGAAGGGAUGGAUGGUGGGGGUAACAAAGAUGGACUGCAUACGUAAUAACUAUAUAAGAGGAUCACUUAAAAUAAUAGAAAUAUCAAAGAAUGUUCAGGAAUCAAGACUGCCAUGGUAUGGACUAAGAAGAAACGAAGAUCAUGUGGGAAGACAGACAAUGGAGAUGGAAAUAGAGGGAAACAGACCAAGAGGAAGGCCUGAGACCAGAUGGAAGGAUGUUGUUCAAAAAGAUAUGAGGGAGAAACAUCUCGACGAGGCAGAGGCAUUGGACAGAGCUCUAGAAAUGGCGACCCCGGGAGAAAAAGUCCUUAAAGCAGCUCAUCGUUCUGGCAACUCCUGCAACGCCGUUGGUGCCAAACUGCAUUGGUCUAUUCCGCUCCUUUGGAUCCAUCAGCUGCGUGGAGAGAGGCAACCUGCUGCAUGGGCAGCAUCUUGA